GGAAGCGGCCGCCAUGGAGCCGCUUGUGCAGCAUACAGAGCGCUUCUCAGAGCUGCUGGCCGUGUCGUGCGGGCCGCUGGUGCGCACGUGGGACGCCGCGACGGUGCGCAGGGCGCUGCAGUGGGCACGCUAUUUGCUCCACGUGUACCGACGCUUCGCGGGCCGCGGCCGCGUACGGGAGGCGCUAGAGAGGCGGCUCCCCGCGCCGGGAGGGCCGCUCGGGCUGCGCAGCUUCGCGGCGCUGGAGUCUGGGGACGCGCGGCUUGCCCUACGCCUGCUGCGGAACCGCGCGCUCGCGCCCUCCGCUGUCCGUGCGCUGCCCAGCUUGCUGUUCCCAGGCCCUGCCGCAGACAACGAAGACGACGUGCCGCAGGCGCGCUUGGUCCUCCUGGCACGCCGUGGAAGCGCGCUGCACUUGCUGUUCCGCCUCGGCGGGGACGCGCCUAAGGGCGCGCUGCUGCGCACGCACGCGGAUUUGCUGUACGCGCGCCUGCGGGAGCUGGGCGGUGCCGACUCCACGGCCGCGCGCAAACUCCUUGACACGCUCUGGACACACGGGCCGCGGGAGCACGUGCUCAGCGUGACGGCCGAAGCGCUUCUGCGCGAGGCAGACCCGGAGCCAGCUCAGGCCACAGACCCAGCGGGUGCAGAUGAGCCACAGAAACUACUGCAUUGGCUUCUAGAAAGUCCUGAGGUAUUGACCGCUUUUUGCCGCCAUCUGCCUGCUAAGCGCCUGGCCUCUGUGGCGGGCUGCCACCACACACUGUCUCGCGCCUACCUGGAUCUGCUCACAGCGUGUGCCAGGCAGCUGCACUAUGAUCUGCAAAAGGGCGCCUGGGUUUCCAACCAGCUGAAGGACAUGCCCUGGGAAGAGCUGUGCCUAAGACUGCAGAGCUUGUGCCAUGCUCAGCCAUUUCUGCAGGAAGAGGUGCUGGUGACCCUGCGCUCCUGCAAAGCCUUGGAUGGAGAUUUCGAGGUUCCUGGAAUGAGUAUCUGGACAGACCUCCUGCUGGCCCUGCCUGGUCGUGCUUGAGUGUGGGAUCAUGGUAGAGUAGAUUCUCAGUUCCCAGGCUGGGCAUCUGGACAGAUCCUUUCCCAUUGAGGGAACAACAAGCACACAUCUCACCGAAGCCUCUAUGCACAACAUCCUGCUACUUCUUGACUAUACAAGUUUGCAAAUUGUCAGUGUUCUCACCAAUUCCCUAUACACAUGCUCCCAAAACCUAAUUAGGUGCCAAUUUUAAAUGGUUUGUAAUAUAAGUAUAUAUAAUAUGCACAAUAAAUAUAAUAUAUACAUGUAUAAUACACAUCGUUUCUGUUCUGGUAAUGGAUCCAGGAGCCUGCCUAUGUUAGACAGUGUUCACCACUGAGCUACAUCCCUAGCCUUAGAAGUAUUCUUAAAGUCAUCGAAUUUUCAGCUUGUUUUGUGUAAAGCUAAUUUGUAAGAAUACUAAAAGUAGAUGGACUUUAAAAAGGAAAGGCAGCUUUAAAUUUUCCAAGGACACUUUUUAUCUGUAUGAGUUACUUUUUUCCUGACACUCUUCCUUAGUACAAAGUUUUGUUUAACCAACAGCAUGUGGAAGCAUCAGAUGUUAACUUCAAAGCUGACUGGGCUAGAGUUAAAGCCCUGGGCUUGCUUUCCGUAAUCUGUUUACCAACCUUAAUGUGCAUUAAAGUUGCGUUGAUCAGAAA